AUGGCUACUCUGCACUCCAUCGCUGAAGGACAAGUGCCCAGUGAUGCGGAGGCCGCGAAACGCUUCAUGUCCAAAUUGAUGAACACCUCAGUGAGAGCUCACAUCGAUGACGGCCGCAUCAUCAGUGGUCAACUUUGGUGCUUCGAUCAGCUGAAAAACCUGAUCCUACUGAGUGGCUAUGAGACGCGGGCAGAUUCCGAGGGGCAUCAGAGUGAACAUCGAGCCUUAGGUCCAUUGAUCCUGGUACCGGGCAAGUACAUUCGCAAGUUGGAAGCCACCAAGAAUUCCACAGAGGCCGCCAUAGCUGCUGCAAAUGAGAGCGAAUUUGCAUAG